CGCGACGGCAAACCACGUCACGCUUAUAUAUGUCGCAACAUUUAAUAGAAAAGAAAAAAAAAUCGGAUCUUUCAGGGAAACAGCCUUAACUCGUGUCACGAUUGUGGGUUCAGUGAAGCGUGUAGCGGGCUCUUUUCGCACGCAUACGAUCGACCUUGCGCAUACUGCAAUGCGCAGGUAAACGUGCCGCGCUCGUCCCUGCGUGCCGAGACACGCGUCAGCUCGCGACCCGAGAAGACCGGCUUCAACGUUUUGCAGGAGAACGCACAAGUGUUCAGCUUCCGGCACGUGACCCCAAGAUGGGCGACGGUCCUGACCGCGGUCUGCGCUUCUGCGUCGCGGCCUUGCUGCUGCUGUCGGCAGUGGUACUUCUGGCCGACGACGUACACGCCGCCAGUGUGCUCGAGGGCCACCAGGCGGACGCGCAGUUCUGGCAAGGCGUGCUCAACAAGACCGUGGAGGGUAACACGGAUCAGGCCUUCUCCAUGGUCCUCGCCAAGGUCUCCGACGACCUCGCAGGCGCAAUGGACCGAAUCAACGAAUUCUUGGAUGGCGUGAGACGCAACGUCACGUCUGUCAUACAGCAAGGCGUCAAGAACAAAGCUGGCUCCCCGGCGGAGGAGACCCGAAAGUGACAAGCUGUACUGCACCCGGGCGUGACGUCAGAGGCUACAUACUUGCAGUCGUCCGAAUCCUGGCACGAAGCUGAACGUGCACUACAUGCACACUGAGGAUACUUGGCGACGCAGUGGCCAGUUUACUUGUCACUGAACUUCUGCGUCGACGCAAAUCCGUUCGCGUCGUUUGUUACUCGCUCUCAAAAUAAAGCACACGAU